AUGUCUCCAGACAAUACUACCAUCGACAACGAGACCCUCCUCCUCGUCUUGGCUGCGAUGCUCAACCCUAUGAUCGCCGUCUUCAUGAUGAAAGGCUGUGGUAUCGAAGUCCUCAUCUGCACCCUUCUCUUUCUCACCUUUAUGUUUCCUGCUUGGAUUUAUGCCUACUGGCUCAUCGCUAGCCGUCACAAGAAGAAGAGGUCUGGCGAGCUUGUCGUUGUCGGUGCACCUCCUCAAGGUGCUGCUGCAUCCAAUGUUGUUGAGGUCAAGAGGGUUGCUACCAUUCCUCCUGCUGUGGUUGCCAGCAGUCCUCCUCCUGUCAUUCAGGCUAUCGAGUACAAGGCCACACCUGCACUUCCCGCGCCUGCUCCAACACCAGCACCUGCUCCACCUACCACAGUUGUCGUUGAAAAGGAGGAAGUGGUCGUGGUCACGAAGUCUCCAGAGAAGGCAGCAGAGAAGGCUCCUGACGCACCACCUGUUGUCGUAGUCCCGGCGGCCGCUGCAAAGUGA